CAUUCAAUCGUCGUGUUUGGCUCGAAACGACCUGCUCAACAGUCAGUCCAGUCAAUAGUUAAUUAAAAAUGAACUAUAAUUAAAAGUUUAAAUAAUAUAACGUUAAUAAAUUAAUCUGGUGUAAGGGUCAAUUCGAGCGAUGCAAAACAUGGAAAUUUUUCAGUGUCAGUUGUGCCCUGUGAUGUUCGAGACGUACGUCCUGGCUGCAUGUCAUCUUCGCACCCAGCAUGGUUUAACUGUUCGAACCGGAAGUCGUUGUAAGCGACAUGACAAGCUACAAAAAUUGACGCUGCCCCAGCUCAGCGUCAGUAUUCCAAGGAUGGUGGACAAUUUUGGAAAAGUUACUGAACAAAAUGACGACCAGGAAGUAUCACACAUUGUUCCGAUACAGACCAAUACCAAGAAGCCGAGGAAAUCUUUCCACACGGUUGCAAAAACUAAGAAGGGAGUGGAAAUAAAAUUGGACAGUCUCAAGGCCAGCGAGAUCGACACCUUAAUGCAAGAUCUGUAUCAAAACAAAAAUCCUAAGAAAUUGCCCGAAGGAUCUGCUUCCAGUGAAGAAACGAUUCCCUCUUCCUCUAGAAAUAGAAACAAUCGUCGAGCUGCUGCUACAGCGGCGUACAAGGGAUUUGUUAAAAUGGGAGAAGACGAUGAUGAAGCCUUAGAUAAUCGCUAUGAAGAACCACCCAAUGUGAGGAUAAAAAGGAAGCCGGCGGCGGCAAGAUUUGAUGAUAUAGAUUAUCGGCCAUACAAUUACGGUGGGAACAAAAGUGGUGGUGUGAAGAAGAAUAUUAAUGAUGCUACCUGUGAUCUUGAUCCCAUUCGUUCAAAACGCAGACGGGGAUCAAGAACGAACAAUGAUGACAACAUCGAAAAGACACCGUUACUUCUGUUCACGUGUUCCACCUGCCCCAUCCAAUUUACAAACAAACUUGAUUUUAUAAGACAUGAAAAAAAUCAUGAAAAAUUCAACAACAAAAACCAUGCUUGUCCUUUAUGCUAUUUAAAGUUUGCAAAGAAAACGAGUCUUCAACAACAUUUCAUCCUACACUUGGAGAAUAACCCAUUCGUCUGUAAACUAAGUGGGUGUGGUGCAAAAUUCGGUAAUUAUGAUCAUCUCCGACGUCAUGUUCAACUUCACACAGGAGACAAGCCUUUUACUUGUGAAUAUUGCUCAAGAAAGUUUGCACGGAAUGAUUCAUUACAAAAACAUUUGAAUAGUAUGCACUUAAAUAAAGUACACCGGAAAUGGAGACAUCGAAAUCCCAGAAAGACUUUUUCCAGAGUAAAACCUGUUACAGCUCUUGCACCACAAGCAUUCCUUCAGGACGCAACGGGGACCGUAAUCCAGCCGACAAAAGAAGAGCAGGACGAGAUUCGUUUGGAAGUAGGGAGUCAACAUUUUAUGGAUCAUGUUGUAAUCAAGGAAGAUGCGACUACAUCAAAGGAGCAAGUUGAGUCUGCUGCCACCCUGAAAACUGAAACUAGCUCAAAUUACAACAUUAGUGACGACGAAGAUGAUGAUGAGAAUGAUUCCGACUCUGACAAAAAUAAUGACAUGCCAAAAUUGACACAAAUCUCUUCAAAUUCUAAUCCAAGGAGAAAUGUCCGAUCCAUAAUUCUUUCCGAUCCGGUUUAUCUCAAACUCCUUCAGGAUAAUCCCACUGCUGCUGCCGAAGUUGUCCCCCAAACCGACGGAUAUUCUAGAGGGUACGGCAACGGCGAGGUUCGUCACGAGUUCAAGUGCACGAUUUGCGGAUGGAGUGCGGCGAGAGCCUUCUUUUUUAAACAACACAUGAAAAAGCGUCACAAUAAGGAUACUAGUUUGAUUCCGAGUUCGAAUUCUACCAAUACAGCAGCAGACAAUUCUAACGUCAGUCUACUCUGCGGGAGUUGUGGGUAUCAAUCCAUUUCGGCGGACGACCUAUCAAAACAUAUCAGAAAAGAACACAAACCAGCCAAGAAAUUUUCCUGCUCGUUCUGCAGCAUUAGAUUUAAUUCGCUCGAUAAAAUAGCCCACCAUGAAAAAGUGUAUCAUUUAUCGGAAAAGAAAUUCGCUUGUUCGAAAUGUCCUGCAAAAUUCGCACGUCCCCUGUCCCUUCAAGUUCACGAGAAGAGAACGCAUGGUCCACGCAGUUUAACAAAUCUGGAGAAAUGUAAAUGCAAAAUCUGUGGGAGUCAACUUGGAACCGUUCUAAGCUUAAGGAUGCAUAUGACCAACGUCCACACGAGCAAGUUGCGAGUCACGUGCAAAAUUUGUUUGCAAACUUGUGCAAACAAACACGUCUUGAAGAGACAUUUGAGAUAUGUGCAUUUGAACAUGCCUAACCCGUAUAAUAAAACUUUGAAGAUGCAAAUGGACGAGGCAAAGGUAUUAAAAAAGACGAAGCAAAUAGCUAACUCUCAAAAUCCUCCCACCGGGGACACGGCUUCCAACACGAGUGAAAUACAGUCGCCCCCCAUCGACGACCAAACCACUGCUGAGACUGACUUAAUUAUAGGAAUUUGACUGAUUUUUGUCUAUAAAAAGUUCAUCUCUUGUUUCGAUAAUUGUCUAAAACUACAAAUAAAUUAGUAUACAAAUCUGAAUAAAAGCUGACAAUGCGAAUUUAUUACGAA